AUGCCGCUGACAUCUCUCGGUGUCAAUACCCGCUUCACCAAUUCCCCUAACCGCAUUCAGUAUGUGUUCUCGCUUCCUGACGUCAACUUAAGGUUCAGAGUACCUUGUUAUGUAAGCCUAGUCAGCGAAAGUAUCGCCCAAAGCCAGUUUAACAAUUUCGCGUCGCCCACCAUUCAUCGGUUUAGCAGCAAACAAUCUACCAAGGUGUCUCCCACUAUGGCAAAUCAAGAGAUUAAUUAUCCCGAUGGGGAGCUGCCUAUCAUAAUUUUCAGCAACCAGAAAUACAUACGUCGUACCGUACUCCGGCGCAUCCGAAGUCAUGCCAUGCAUGCAGUUCAGCAUCGUAAAUAUUUGGAACGGACUUCUAUACGAGACCCCCCUGCCAAGGAGAACCAGUCUCCACAGGGAAUGGCGCGUCACGGGACUUUGUGGGAUUCUUCGCGAAGAGAAAGAAUGAGCAGAUUUCAAGCCGCCUCGGCCGAUACCGAAGAGCUGAUAAGGGAACUGGAAGGGAAAUGCCAGACGUUCGCUUCUCAAAUUGCGCUGCAUUCACCCUCACUGUACACCUCAAAUCUUGGAGGAGUCGAUCCGUUCAAUGCGUUCCCAGCUAAUAUUGAUUCUCAAAUUCUGAGCCUCUUCGUAUUGUGUUUUGAUCGGUGGAAAUGUGACCUUCCAAAGACCCAGUUCAUCCAGUCUACCCUGUGCAAUGGUGUUCUUUUGCAUAGCUUCGCAGCUAUAUGGUUACACUUGACGAACUGUGACGCUUCGAUCAUAUCACAACACGAAAGAGCUACUCUAAAACACGUAACGACACUACUCGAGACCCUCAACGACCAAAGCAAACCGAGUCAAAGUGGCUCGGUGAACGACCUGGUCUUAUCCAUGAGUCGAAUGGCUUUGAUGGAGGCAACAAGAGGUCGAUUUGUCAGUUCCUUGCAACAUUUGAAGGGCAUAGAGCUCGUACUCACCUACGGAAGACACUUAUACGACGAUCACGCUCGAACCUCGUUGGGCAGUCUCUUAUUAUCACAUUAUUCGAUAUGGAGCCAGGUACCUCUAUCUGUCCGUUAUCCAUUUGGCUAUCUUAGUCACUCAGCAAGACAAGAGAUGGAGUCACUAGGCUUUCGCGUUGCGCCGAAUUCUCUACUUCUAUCCACGAGUAUACGGCUUCUGCUUCCACCAGCGCUAUUAGACACCUUUGUAGCGUUGGCGGCGCUAUGUGCAACAGCGGACUUCCGUUGCGCGCCGGCCUCCGAGGGUCAGCCUCGCCCUCUCGCACGGGAAUCUGUAAAACUGGGUUUACGGAUUGUCUACAUGGAAGGGCCCCCGGUCAAUGCGAGGACAACGUGGUCUUUACUCGCGGAGAGCGUACGUUUGACGAUCUUGGUUUUCCUGUGGGGUUUCUCAAGGAAGGUUUCACGAGCUUUCAAUGGGAUGAGGACGUCACAUGCAGAGAUUCAAGGCCUUCUUCAGAAAUACUACGCAGGAUCAGACGCAUUCGAACAAGACUCUGCUCUAGGGUCGUUAUUACUAUGGCAACUCGUGGUUCUUGGGGCCACAUCUCCGUCGAAUGAGGAAAUGGCCAAGUACGCUGAACUGAUCAAUCGACAUCUGCACAAAAGCUCGCGAAAGACCUUCUGCCAGAUUGAGGAAGAAUGUUGCAGGUUUAUUUGGCUCAAAUUUCCUGUUCCGUCGCAGGCCGAGGAGUUCUGGAGCUACACAAAAUCCUGCCAGUAG